UUCCUUCUCAGACGGACUUUGGACAGGAAUCUCUGCAGUAGAGUGGCAAAGUGUGGCUGCACACACACUCCCGACUCACGGGAGUGCUGCCCGGGAAGAGGCCACGACCAUGGGCGAUGUGAAGCUGGCUGCCUCAACACACCUUGCCAAAACCUCCCUCAGUGUGGAUCGCUCAGGAGUCGACUCCAUGCCUCUGGCCGAGGCCCCUGCUUUCAUUUUGCCCCCUCGGAACCUGUGCGUCAAAGAAGGAGCCCCUGCCAAGUUUGAAGGGAGGGUCCGGGGUUACCCUGAGCCCCAGGUGACAUGGCACAGAAAUGGGCAGCCCAUCACUGGUGGGGGCCGCUUCCUGCUGGACGGUGGGAUCCGGGGGACUUUCAGCCUCGUGAUUCGUGCUGUCCGUGAGGAGGACAGUGGAAAGUACACCUGUGAAGCCAGCAAUGGUAGUGGUGCCCGCCAGGUGACCGUGGAGUUGACCAUAGAAGGGGGCUUUGUGAAGAAGCAUGGUCAGCCUGUUGUUCCCAAAGCCUUGGGGGACAGGUUUGCAGCCCCUGCAGUGGAGACCCGUCCUAGCAUCUGGGGAGAAUGUCCACCAAAGUUUGCUACCAAGCUGGGCCGAGCAGUGGUCAAAGACGGACAGAUGGGACGAUUCUCCUGCAAGAUUACUGGCCGGCCACAACCACAGGUCACUUGGCUCAAGGGAGAUGUGCCCCUGCAGCCAAGUGCCCGUGUGUCCAUGUCUGAGAAGAAUGGGAUGCAAGUUCUGGAAAUCCAUGAGGUCAGCCAGGAGGACGUGGGUGUGUACACCUGCAUGGUGGUGAACGGGUCGGGGAAGGCCUCCAUGUCAGCUGAGCUUUCCAUCCAAGGUUUGGACAAUGCCAGUAGGUCAUUUGGGAGAGGAGCAAAGACGGCCAAUUCAGAUAACAGGAAGGAAGUGACCAAUGGAAUCACGCAAGGGCCGAAGCUGGACAGCCCAGAGACUGCAGCUGAGAGAAAGAGCUGCGCCAGCACCCAGAGAAGUGGCUCUCUGACCUGGGCCACAAGUAGCCAGCCUCAGUCCCUGAGGGAAUCCAAGCUGGAGCCGUCCGGGGACCUAGUCAGAAAGGCCCCGAGGACCCCCCUCCUGCAGAAGACUUCCAGCACCAUCACCCUGCAGGCUGCAAAAGCCCCGCUGGAACCAACUGCACCAGUCUCAGGUGCCCUCUCUCCUUUCAGAGAAGAGAGGGAGGGGCCAGCUGCUCCCCCUCCAGCCACCCUCCCUGCCCGGCAGCCUGGCCUGGGAAGCCAAGAAGCCGUGAGCAAGGUUGGGACUGGGAAAUUCCCCAUGGAGAGCCGGAGGGAGUCAGCAUUUCCCAAAUUCGAGAGUAAGCCCCAAAGCCAAGAAGUCAGUGAAGGUCAGACAGUCAAGUUCAGAUGCGAGGUUUCAGGGACCCCAAAGCCCGAGGUGACCUGGUUCCUGGAAGGUGUCCCCGUGAGGAGACAAGAAGGCACCGUUGAGGUCUAUGAAGACGGCAGAUCCCAUUACCUCUGCCUGCUGAGAGCCCGGGCGAGGGACGGCGGCAGCUACAGCUGUACAGCCUCCAGCGUCCGAGGCCAGGCAUCCUGUGCCUGGACCCUCCUGGUGAAAAGUCUGGCCAGGGCGGAGGUGGCCCCCUCGUUCUCCAGUGUCCUGAAGGACUGCGCUGUCUCUGAGGGCCAGGACUUUGUGCUGCAGUGCUCGGUGCUGGGGACCCCAGUGCCCCGAAUCACUUGGCUGCUCAAUGGGCAGCACAUCCAGUACGCUCACUCCAUCUGCAAGGCUGGCGUGGCUGAGCUCCAUGUCCAGGACGCCCUGCCGGAAGACAAUGGCACCUACACCUGUCUGGCGGAGAACCCCUUGGGACAGGUGUCCUGCAGCGCCCGGGUCACUGUCCAUGAAAAGAAGAGUGACGGGAAGGGCAAGUACUUUCUGCCUGCAUCUCCCAGCAAGCCCGUGGCACCCACGUUCCUACAGGGCCUCUCUGAUCUCAGAGUCAUGGACGGAAGCCAGGUCACCAUGACAGUCCAGCUGUCAGGGAACCCACCCCCUGAAGUCGUCUGGCUUCACAAUGGGAAUGAGAUCCAGGAGUCGGAGGACUUCCACUUUGAACAGAGAGGCACUCAGCACAGCCUCUGUAUCCAGGAAGUGUUCCCGGAGGACACGGGCACUUACAUCUGUGAAGCCUGGAACAGCGCUGGGGAGGCCCGCACCCGGGCUGUGCUCACGGUGCAAGAGCCUCAGGAUGGCACCCAGCCCUGGUUCAUCAGCAAGCCUCGCUCAGUGACAGCCUCUCUGGGCCAGAGAGUCCUCAUCUCCUGUGCUAUCGCUGGUGACCCCUUCCCCAGUGUGCACUGGCUCCGAGACGGCAAAGCACUGCCCAGAGACACUGGCCACUUUGAGGUACUACAGAAUGAGGAUGUGUUCACCCUGGUUCUAAAGAACGCGCAGCCCUGGCACGCCGGCCAGUAUGAGAUCCUGCUCAAGAACCCGGUUGGUGAAUGCAGUUGUCAGGUGUCACUGAUGCUACAGAGCCGACCUGCCAGAUCUCCCCCACGCCCCUUUCCUCCUGCUACUUUCCCUUUUCCCUUCACUGGUUGCAGGGGGAGGGAACCUGCCAGCUGUGAGGGCCUCUGUGGCCAACGAGUUGGUGCUGAUGGUGGUGGUGGUGACUCCUACGGGACCCUGAGGCCUGAGUGGCCAGCAAAAGGGCAGGGUUGUUCAGAGGAAGAAGACACUGAGGACGUGCGGGGGCUGCUGAAGAGGCGAGUGGAGACCCGGCAGCACACCGAGGAGGCGAUCCGCCAGCAGGCGGUGGAGCAGCUGGACUUCCGUGACCUCCUGGGGAAGAAGGUGAGUACCAAGACCGUGUCCGAAGAAGACCUGAAGGAGACCCCAGCUGAGCAGAUGGAUUUCCGUGCCAACCUACAGCGGCAAGUGAAGCCAAAGACUGUGUCAGAGGAAGAGAGGAAGGUGCAUAGCCCCCAGCAGGUUGACUUCCGCUCUGUUCUGGCCAAGAAGGGGGCUCCCAAGACCCUGGUGCCAGAGAAGGUACCAUCUUCAAAACCUGCUGCCCCAGAUUUUCGCUCAGUGUUGGGCAACAAGAAAAAAAUCCCAGCAGAGAAUGGUAGCGACAGUGCUGAGGCCUUGAAUGCCAAGGCAGCAGAAAGUCCCAAGCCUGUGGAUAAUGCCCAGCCAUCAGGGUUCCUGAAACCUGUGGGCAACACCAAGCCGGCUGAGAUCCUGAAACCCAUUGGCAAUGCCAAGCCAUCUGAGAUCCUGAAAUCCAUGGGCAACACCAAGCCAGCCGAGGCCCUGAAACCAGUCGGCAACACCAAACCAGCUGAGACCCUGAAACCCAUCAGCAAUGCCAAGCUGGAUGAGACCCUGAAACCUGUCGGCAAUGCCAAGCCAGCUGAGACCCUGAAACCCAUGGGCCACACCAAGCCAGCCGAGACCCUGAAACCCGUGGGCCACACCAAGCCAGCCGAGACCCUGAAACCCGUGGGCCACAUCAAGCUGGCCGAGACCCUCAAACCCAUGGGCCACGUCAAGCCGGCCGAGACCCUGAAACCCGUGGGCCACGCCAAGCCGGCCGAGACCCUGAAACCAGCUGAGAAAGGAGAACUCAAAAAGGAGGUUAAGAAUGAUGUGAACUUCAAGAGGGGGCAGGCAGGAGUGCCAGAUAAUGAAAAAAGAUCAGAAAGCCAAGGGACUGCUCCAACCUUCAAAGAGAAGCUACAAGAUGUCCAUGUGGUAGAGGGUGAGAAGCUGCUACUCCAGUGCCAGGUAUCCUCUGACCCCGCAGCCACCAUCACCUGGACACUGAAUGGAAAGACACUCAAGAGCACCAAGUUCAUCGUCCUCUCCCAAGAAGGCUCACUGUGCUCCCUCUCCAUCAAGAAGGCCCUGCCCGAGGACAGAGGCUUAUACAGGUGUAUGGCCAAGAAUGGCGCUGGCCAGGCUGAGUGCUCCUGCCAAGUCACCGUGGAUGAUGCGCCCACCAGUCAGAAUGCCAAGGCCUCGGAGGUGAAAGUCCGCAGGCCCAAGAGCUCUCUUCCUCCCGUGCUAGGAACAGAAAGUGAUGCAACUGUGAAAAAGAAACCUGCUCCCAAGACACCUCCAAAGGCAGCCAUGCCCCCUCAGAUCGUCCAGUUCCCCGAGGACCAAAAGGUGCGCGCAGGAGAGUCCGUGGAGCUGCUUGGUAAAGUGGCAGGCACCCAGCCCCUCACCUGUACCUGGAUGAAGUUCCGAAAGCAGAUCCAGGAGAGUGAGCACAUCAAGGUGGAGAACAGCGAGAACGGCAGCAAGCUCACCAUCCUGGCUGCACGCCAGGAGCACUGCGGCUGCUACACGCUGCUGGUGGAGAACAAGCUGGGCAGCAGGCAGGCCCAGGUCAACCUCACUGUUGUGGACAAGCCGGAUCCCCCAGCCGGCACACCUUGCGCCUCAGAUGUCCGGAGCUCCUCACUGACCCUGUCCUGGUAUGGCUCUUCAUAUGAUGGGGGCAGUGCUGUGCAGUCCUACAGUGUCGAGAUCUGGGACUCAGUGGACAAGACUUGGAAAGAGCUAGCCACUUGCCGCAGCACCUCUUUUAACGUCCAAGACCUGCUGUCUGACCGAGAGUAUAAAUUCCGUGUACGUGCAAUCAACGUAUAUGGAACCAGUGAGCCAAGCCAGGAGUCUGAACUCACAGCGGUUGGAGAGAAACCUGAGGAGCCAAAGGAUGAAGUGGAGGUGUCAGAUGAUGAUGAGAAGGAGCCUGAGGUCGAUUAUCAGACGGUGACGGUCAAUACCGAACAAAAAGUGUCUGAUGUCUACGACAUUGAAGAGAGACUAGGAUCUGGGAAAUUUGGACAGGUAUUUCGACUUGUAGAAAAGAAAACUGGAAAAAUCUGGGCAGGGAAAUUCUUCAAGGCAUAUUCAGCGAAAGAGAAAGAGAAUAUCCGGCAGGAGAUCAGCAUCAUGAACUGCCUGCACCACCCCAAGCUGGUCCAGUGUGUGGAUGCCUUCGAAGAAAAGGCCAAUAUCGUCAUGGUCCUGGAGAUCGUGUCUGGGGGUGAGCUGUUCGAGCGCAUCAUUGACGAGGACUUUGAGCUGACGGAGCGGGAGUGCAUCAAGUACAUGAGGCAGAUCUCAGAGGGGGUGGAGUACAUCCACAAGCAGGGCAUCGUGCACUUGGACCUCAAGCCUGAGAACAUCAUGUGUGUCAACAAGACAGGAACCAGGAUCAAACUGAUCGACUUCGGUCUGGCCAGAAAGCUGGAGAAUGCGGGGUCUCUGAAGGUCCUCUUUGGCACCCCAGAGUUUGUGGCACCUGAAGUGAUCAACUAUGAGCCCAUUGGCUAUGCGACAGACAUGUGGAGCAUCGGGGUCAUCUGCUACAUCCUGGUCAGUGGACUUUCCCCUUUCAUGGGGGACAACGACAACGAAACCUUAGCCAACGUCACCUCGGCCACAUGGGACUUCGAUGACGAGGCCUUUGACGAGAUCUCCGAUGAUGCCAAGGAUUUUAUCAGCAAUUUGCUGAAGAAAGAUAUGAAAAACCGCCUGGACUGUACCCAGUGCCUUCAGCAUCCAUGGCUAAUGAAAGACACCAAGAACAUGGAGGCCAAGAAACUGUCCAAGGACCGAAUGAAGAAGUACAUGGCCAGAAGGAAGUGGCAGAAAACAGGCAAUGCUGUGAGAGCCAUUGGAAGACUGUCCUCUAUGGCAAUGAUCUCAGGGCUCAGUGGCAGGAAAUCCUCGACAGGGUCGCCCACCAGCCCGCUCAACGCAGAGAAACUAGAAUCUGAAGAUGUCUCCCAAGCUUUCCUUGAGGCUGUUGCUGAGGAAAAGCCCCAUGUAAAACCCUAUUUUUCUAAGACCAUUCUUGAUUUAGAAGUUGUGGAGGGCAGUGCGGCUAGAUUUGACUGCAAGAUUGAAGGGUACCCAGACCCUGAGGUCGUCUGGUUCAAAGAUGACCAGUCGAUCAGAGAGUCACGCCACUUCCAGAUAGACUACGAUGAGGAUGGGAACUGCUCGUUAAUCAUCAGCGAUGUUUGCGGGGACGACGAUGCCAAGUACACAUGCAAGGCUGCCAACAGUCUGGGCGAAGCCACCUGCACAGCAGAGCUCAUUGUGGAGACCAUGGAAGAAGGAGAAGGAGAAGGGGGAGAGGAAGAGGAGGAAGAAUGAAACAGAGCCAGAAAGAAACCAUUUCCAAGUCACACUACAAAGACUAUUCCUCUAAAGCUCAAAACAUCCAAGAUAGUAAAAGCACCUAGUGUGAUAGAUUAUCUAGUUAGGUCAUUUGGGGGUGGAUUCAGCAACAGCGGUUGAUACCUAGCAGUGUAUUGAUGGGCAUUAAUUUUAAUUAGUUGGCACCUUAAGAUCCUAGUACAGCUAGAUUUCAUUUUGGGAAAUCACCAACACCUUGCCUGAUGCAUUGAUUUUAGAAAGUAACCAAAGGAAAUGUUCAUCUAGGCAAAACUUCCCCAGUGGAAAACACUCGUGAAAAAUAAGGCCCUGUGGCCGCAGCUCAGCCCAGAGGGUCCCUUCAGGGGGAGGUCUCACUCCAGCCCCUAACUCCAGAGAACUGGGUCCUCUCCAGUACGGCAGCACGUCAUUCGGAAUGCAGUUGAGCCAUGUUAACUUCUGAGGCACAUUGUAUUCCAAAGUAUACUGUAGACGUUUUAACUUUUCAUUUCUCUCCCCUGUUCUAUCUGCCAGUUUUUCUGGAUCUGAACUUGCCAUGAGUUUCAGCAUUAAGGACAUUAUGCUCCUUAGAUUCUGAAGACAGGUCCCCUGCUCAUGGAUGACUGGCUUCCUUGGGAAAACAGAAUCUCUUUUCUUCCGAAAUCAGGAGGCAAUCUAAACUUAUCCCCUCUUUGCAGAUGUCUAGCAGCUUCAGACAUUUUUAUAAGAACCCGUGAAAAAAAAUCCUUGCUCAUGUGCUUUUCUUCUGAAACCAGGGUUCAUAUUUGUGCUGUUAUAGAAUAUCAGCUCUGCAUGUGUGGUAAAGAGUUUUGUGUUUGAAUGUAUAAAAAAAAGUUUGCUGAAAAGUUAGUCUUAAUUAUUUAUUGGCCACUAUGAAACAGAUUUCAACUGAUGAAGAGCUGUAGAACUCCACAUACUUUGGAGUCUUCCUUCAGGAUAGUCUGAGUUUAAUACACCUUCGUUCUAAACACUCUCCUGAGAACUCUGCCUACCUAUUGGUUUCACGGUGUUUUUCUUCUUGAAUGUGCAUCAAUCAUGCCUUACCCCCAACCUUGAAAUAUACUCUUAGACCUGAUUAAAUGCACUCAGACUUGCAUCUUUAGGAAUUUUUAACUCUUCUUUCACUACAUUGGCACUUAAAAUUUUCUUUAUAAAACUUUUUGAAGGUCAUAAACAGACUAAUAUGCCUAAACAUUUCUUCUGUGUGUGUGUAUAACAUUCCAAAUACUUUUUUCUUUUCCACUGUUUGUAAAGUACAGCAAUUUAACAUUUCAAGGGACUGUUUAAUAGUUCCUUCAGAACCAAUUUUAAAUUACGUAAGUGCAAUCCUACACAGUAUCAACUUUAGAAUUUUGAUAUUAGUCUUAUGUUCUUUUCCAUUGUUUUUCUCUGCUUCUUGCUGCUAGUUUCAAAUGCCAGUAUUUUUCUUUUUGCUUCUUAAACAGUAUUUUUCAUAAUAGCCACAGUAUUGCCACAGUUUAUUAUAAUAAAGGGUUUUUAAUGUGAUUUAGAGCAUUCAAAGCUUUUCUUCAUCACUUUGUGUUUAGACUAUAAUCUUUGUGGGCAUGUGUAUUGUAUGUGUGCGUGCAUGUGUGGUGUGUGCUUGUUUACAGGUUUGUAAUGCCUUCUUGAAAUUGUGUUAAUGUUCUCCCAGUUUAUCAUGCCAUCGGAAUGGUGAAUGAGAACACUACGACUGUAGUUAGCUCACAGUGUUUAAAUAAAGGAUUCCACAGUGCAUGCUG